CGGCGAUCUUUGUGAUAAAGAUAAUGUACCUAUUCAGUUUUAAAUUCAUUAUAUAACUUUUGAUCGUGGCGCUGAACCUCAAUCUGAUUCUGAAGUUGAAUAUAAGAAAAUGAAUCAUGAUGUGAAAGAAAGAAAAACAUCAACCCACGUGAGGCGGCGCGGGCAACCUAUCGCUGUACUCCAGGCGUGCAGGACGAAACUACAACUGUGAGGACGUAAGGUCGAAACAGACGACGCCGAAGCAGCUCUGGCCGGUGAUUUGCCAAGAACCGAGAACCGCCGACGCUACGGACCUUGCGCCGAGCGCUGCUGCGGACGAAAAGCAUUCCCGUCUUGCAGGUCUUCACCUGUUGAGCAGCGCGUCAAUCGGGAGUCUCUAACAAGGCGAGCUGUCAUGCUAGUAUUGCGAGCGGUUCUAUUCCUAAAUUCGGUGUAAAGGUAAACGACGUCUACGUCUUCAGAGUCACUAUGCGCGCUUGCUCAAGAAGGUGACGAUCGAACGUAAGCGAGCCUCUCGGUUUCGCCCAUGCACCACAUUUAGCGCGUGGUCUCUUUCAUCGAGGUAGCGGUUGAGUGAGAAAGCGGCCACUACAAACAACGAUUGGAAAAGCAGUUUCGGAACAAGGACUACAUCUUCAUUGUGAGAGUGGUCGUUGCCGGAUCAGCAAAGUUGAUUUAGGUUGACAGAGUCUCGAAGGUUGACAGAGGACUUAGAUAGUACAGAGACUUCAAUCAUCAUCCUCGGCGUGUAGUAAAAUUAUAGGAGAUGUCGGGCACAACGCCAAUCGGCAGUGCAGGAGGUGGCGGGGGCGCUCCCCCUUUUGAUGUCGCCGGGGCAGCAUUUACGAACGAAUUAGUGAACGACUAUAGCUACUCAGAUACAAUGCGACAGUAUGACUUCAACCACGUGCAAGGCGGACCUCCACCAUCCGCGUACAUGCAACGGAUCGGGCAAACAGCAGCGGGGCGCGCCUACACAGCCGCAGGCGGCGGGUGGAACCCCAAAGAACAGGCUAGGCCAGUGACCAGCAAUCGAGGAGCUGGAUACAGUGCAGCGACAACGAAAUUCGAUCCCUUCAACCAGGGAGCGGACGCGGCACAAGCAUCAAAAGCUUCGGACUGGAGCAAGAAGGCAGAGCAGACACCGGAGGAUAAAUUGAGGGACCUGGAGAAAGAAAUACACGGUAAAAUGAGCCCUGAGAAGAGAAAAACCUCCUUUGAUUUCGUAAUCGUAUAUCGUUCAUCUUCAACUUCAACUUCAACAUACACAUCGUCCAUGUUCUGAAUCUGAUCAUGUGUGUGUUUAGUACAUGUGAAUUUCGCUUUCUUACGACAUCCUCCUCAGCCCUUGUUGAGGAGAGCGCAUGCGUGCGUGAGCAAGGCGAACAUGGGGAUGCGCAGGCGGCUCUAGAGUUAGCAAAAGAGGCUGGCAAGCGCGAGAGGCAGUUAUGUAGACAAAGGGAGCAACAAAAUUUGCUGGAGCAGCUGAACGUGGAUCUCACCUACGCAGUGUGUCUGAAUCUAGCGAUACAGCAUCAUGGGAACGGGAACGACAACGAGGCGCUUGGAAUCUACAAUCAGAUUGUCCGAAAUAAGCAAUAUCCACAUUCGGGGCGGUUCCGCGUCAACAUGGGAAACAUCUACUUCAAACAAGGUCUUGCUCUUACCUUAGUCAUUUACGUGAACGUGUGACAUACAAAUGGACAAAUCAUUAUAGCCUCUCUCUGCCUCAGGUUCUUUCCAUGUUAGUCUAGAUGAAAAGUACCGCUUUGUACCGAUUUUGGUCUUGUUGUUGUCCCUGGGACGAUUGAUGACGCAGCAGCCCCCUUGUUAAUAUCUUUCAGGUAAGUACCCAUCAGCGAUAAAGAUGUAUCGCAUGGCUCUGGACCAGAUACCAAAUAACGUGCAGUCCAUCCGCUUGAAGAUAUCAAGAAAUAUAGGGCACGCAUUCUUCAAGAUGCACCAGUUUCCCGACGCUAUUGACGCCUACGAAAAUCUACUUUUUCCGAAAGGGCAGCAUCUAGACUUCAUGACGGGUUUCCACCUUGUUUUGUGCUAUCACGCCCUUGGAGACCGAGAAAAGAUGAAGCAGGGCUUCCUGAAACUGUUGCAAAUACAACAAGUCGGAUUGGAGGAUGAGGUUAAGGUGGGUGAUAACAUGAUAAUUUGUUUUCAAUCGGCUUAGGAAGAUUAGCCUUGUUUUAUUUUUGUUGCAUUAGACUGGGACUGCCUGUGCCUUGACUCAUUCCUGAAUCGCUGGUGCCGCAGGAAUCUGUUGUUGAGGAGGGUUUUAUACGAGAACAAGCUUGUCCGCGCAUCCAUAUCCAUCUUCCUCCUGCAGCACCUUCUUCUUUCAUAACGAAGGAUACAGAGGAAGGGAUGACACAUAUGGACAAGAUUGCGGAGCCAAGUAUCGAAGGCGACGAUGCUUUGCGAGAAGACAUAAAGAAGCGACAGCGAGAGGCACAACGCUACAUCGUGAAUGCAGCGUCGCUUAUCGCGCCACAAAUAGAUCAAGUAUUCAUGAUAAUGUUAUUGGCUUUUCGUUUACUUAUUCCCUUGAAAUUGAGUAGGCGCAUGGACAUGGAGACAACAGUCGCGUUGGCAACAACGGGUUCGAUCAAUGUCUGGUCUCUACAACAAUAUUCCAAAUGACAAGCCCAAAUCAAAAAUACACUACAGGACGUAGUCCAAGGCUUCGACUGGGUUAUUGAUGCGUUGAACUCGCACGGAUUUCCGGGUAUCGCCAGUGAGCUAGAAAUCUCUAAAGCCACGUAUCAUCUAAAACGAAAGGACUUCGAGCAAGCGAUCAGUGUACUGAAGCACUUCGAGAAGAAGGAAGCAUCGCUCAUGGCGAGAGCCAGUACGAACCUCAGCUUUCUCUACUUUCUGGAAGGCGACUACGGGAGUGCUGAGAGAUACGCAGAUGUCGCUGUCAAAGCUGAUAGGUAAAAUUAAUGUACAAGUGCUCUUGUUCUUGACGCUAUGGGUCGACAGGGAUCAUGUUCUUUUUGUUCGUCUAAGGUUUUUUCUUUGUGAAUAUAAUCAUGAUUGUUUUUCAAAAAGAAAUUGGGAGGUUACUCACUCACUCUCACGCUCAAGCACGUGGCUAAAAGUAAGGUACAACUCCCGCGCACUGGUGAACAAGGGCAACUGCCUCUUUAUCGCCGGCGACCUAGAGCGAGCUAAAGAGGUCUAUCUAGAAGCGAUUGGCGUCUCCGCAGAUUGCCUCGAAGCCAUUUACAACCUGGGCUUAGUGAAUAGUCACAUGGGCAAGCUCCAGGAGGCUUUACUAGCUUUUGACAAGCUCCAUUCGAUCACGCACAACAACAUAGAGGUACACUCUGCAUUUUUCUUCUUUGGAUAAACUUCUUUUCACGUCUAUCAGGUGCUUUGUUUUUUGCAGGUGCACAAGCGUUCUCAGAUGAUCCUAUCAUUCACGACACUAAGACAAAGAACUAGGUAAUGUGGCAGCUGGGCGACAUUCACGAAAGGCUAGGAAAUUUGGGCAAAGCCCACGAAUGGUUGUCGCUGAUCGUAACGUCACAAAAGGGUCGACCAACAGACCCUGGCGUGCUCGCGAGACUGGCUUCCAUCUUUAACAAGAUGGACGACGAGACCCAGGCAUUCCACUACAACCUGGAAAGCUACAGGCACAGAACCUACUCAGUACCGUAGAGCAGAGUACUAGAUUCAGUUUUGGAUUUUCGUGACCACCCAUGAUCGUUCUAUGAUUUGUCGAGCUUUAGUUCUGAUACUUGAUUUUUGAUUUUGCUAUCAGUAACGCGAUGAAUUAGAGGCAAGAAGGAGAAGAGAACGAAGACAAUGAAGCGUAGGUCGAUACCUUGCGCGACACCACUACAAGCAGACGAAAGUAUUUAACUCAACACCUCCUCUCAUCUAGGUAUCUGCCAUCAGAUAUGACUGUGAUAACGUGGCUCGGCAUAUACUACGUGAAGCAGGAGCUUUACGAGAUGGCAAUCACGUAUUUCUCGCGAGCAAGUCAGAUCCAGCCAAACGAAGCGAAGUGGCUGCUGAUGGUACUACAAUGUGAUUCAGACUGAAGAAGUAUCGACGUAAAAUUUGCUCAUACAGCAUUUGUUUUGCCCUCGCUGGAUGAUGAAGGGGGAAAACAAAUAUGUGAAUCACAAAUAAAUGUCGGAGUAUGAUUCUCUGUGAUACCAAGAUGCUCAUUGUUACCCACGUCGUGUAUCUCAUAUCCAAUCAGGACACGUCUGGAAGCAAUACUGGACGAAAUUGUUGUUUUCAUGUGCAAGUGCAUCUUUCUACAUAAUAGGUUGCCUCCUGCUACCGGCGAAUGGGCAGCUAUCAUCCGGCACUGAAAUUGUAUGAGGAGAUUCAUAGGAGUCACCCGAAGGACAAGGAGUGCCUGCGAUAUCUCAUUACGAUCUGCAAGGAAAUGAAGCAUCCUUUCGAGAAAUACCAGAAUCACUUGAGGAAACUCGAGAAGUUUGAGCUUAUCGAGAAGCAGGAAAGGCCUGGCAGCGGCCUCUCAUACGUGGAAGACCCGAGCGACAUUCGCAUGCGAACAGGGGAAGACUUCGCUGACGGUCUUGGCGGUAUGGAAAUACCAACCACCAACACAGGGGGAGCAGCGCAGCCAAGUACUUAUACCUAUAGAAGUUAUACGAGAAUCGAUGUCAACGUCAACAAUAGUGCACAAUGUUCACAUGAUGCUUAUUGAUACUUGUCACUUAUCUGAAUAGACAAGUAACAGUUACAGUCAUUGUCAUUAUCUUCUUCAUUCAACAAAGAGUGAAGGAGAUGGAACUUUGCAUUUCUAGAAUGGUACACGUGAAAGUUAAACAUCCACCCAAGCAAUGGAUUUAUGAACAAAUACACGACAAGGACAACAAUAUCUACUACUACGACAGCAACUGGCGGCUCCCUAUUCGAAGUGGAUGAGCCCACGGUGGAAAAGAGGAAACGAAAGCUCGGCAAUAGAGAAGAUGCUAUGCCUGAGGAUGAUGACGAUUGGGGUGAAGAUGAGCUAGGAGACGACUUGCUUCCGAUGUAAGAAGAGUCUGGUGAAGGUGGUGAAGUCGAAGCUCCCCGCUCGCCGACAAGCUUAAAAACUUUAAGUUAGUUUUUUAGUCAUCCUUUUUUGAUUGUCGAUAUCCAAAAUACAGGACCGACCUCGAAGUAACUCCCCGUCGCCGACGAGGUUCUCGCUGAACAUCAUUCGCACCGGUGUGUAUGAAUAUACUAUCCUCCACCUACUUCGACAAUUCCUUUUUUCGUCUUAUACGAUGGGAGCUUUUUCUCAACAUUUCCAUGACUAUUAAACCUUGUAAGUCCUUUUCGACAUCGAAGUGCUUACCUAUCAAUCUGUUGAUUUUUCGCGCAUCUUCAAUGUAUAGCCUGAUUGAAGAGGAGGCCCCUCUCUCUUGAAUAUCUACGAUUUGAUUGGCUCCAGUAUGAUGUUACCGGUGAAAGCUUGAGUUUCACAGACGCCAACAUGAAGCCCGAUGAGUACUUUCUUGUAACGCAACAACACGACGCACCAGUUCUAGUUUUUUUACGCAUCAAAAUGUAAAUGAACAUCACGCAUAAUAAAUUUUUGUUGAGUUUGUGACGAAGAUCCAAAUUCUGUCCGUAUUAUUUCUUCUAGUCGUGUAGGUAACCGUAAACGUAAAAGUAAACUCUUAACUCCGUUUUCUGUUUCUGUUUCUCUACUAAGUAACUUGAUUUUGGGAUUAUUUAAUAUAAAUAUUAUAUUUAUCAACUAUUAUUUAUAUGAUAUUCUCCUCCUCCUGUCUUACGCAUACGCCGCAGUCCUGAGAGUGAAUCAACGUAUUGCGUCGCAAAAAAAAUCAAUCCUGUCGAAAACUGAGCAUCCAUGCGCGUUGGCGUUGACCGAUGUGGCUGUUAAAAAACCGAUGUGUCGUUCACGAUUAACAAUCGUUCAUGGGAAUCAAUUGAGCAUGGGACUUGUGCAAAAGAAAGCGCUAGCCCGACUCACCCAAGCGG